CGGUGGGCGGAGCACGGCUCUACCUUCUUUACCAGCUCUGGCUUUCUCUGGGUUUCCCUGCCGGUUUGGCGUUCGUGUUUCGCCGCCUGGACGUGAAGAGUCGCUACCCUGUGGAGUGGACGCUCGGCUUUCGAGUAGUCAUGGCUGGUUACGAAUACGUGAGCCCCGAGCAGCUGGCUGGCUUUGAUAAAUACAAGUAUAGUGCUUUGGAUACCAACCCACUCUCUCUCUAUAUCAUGCAUCCAUUUUGGAACACUAUAGUGAAGGUGUUUCCUACUUGGCUGGCUCCUAAUCUUAUAACCUUUUCUGGUUUUCUGCUGGUUGUAUUCAAUUUUCUACUUAUGGCAUACUUUGAUCCUGAUUUUUAUGCUUCAGCACCAGGUCACAAGCAUGUACCUGAUUGGGUUUGGAUUGUUGUGGGCAUCCUGAACUUUGUAGCCUACACUCUAGAUGGUGUGGAUGGGAAGCAAGCCCGUAGAACCAACUCCAGCACUCCCUUAGGGGAGCUAUUUGACCAUGGCCUAGAUAGUUGGUCAUGUGUGUACUUUGUUGUAACUGUGUAUUCCAUCUUUGGACGAGGAUCAACUGGUGUCAGUGUUUUUGUUCUUUAUCUCCUGCUCUGGGUUGUUCUGUUUUCUUUCAUCUUGUCCCACUGGGAAAAGUAUAACACAGGGAUUCUUUUCCUGCCAUGGGGAUAUGACCUCAGCCAGGUGACUAUUUCUUUUGUCUACAUAGUGACUGCAGUUGUGGGAGUUGAGGCCUGGUAUGAACCUUUCCUGUUUAAUUUCUUAUAUAGAGACCUAUUCACUGCAAUGAUUAUUGGUUGUGCAAUAUGUGUGACUCUUCCAAUGAGUUUACUAAACUUUUUUAGAAGUUAUAAAAAUAACACCUUGAAGCACAAUUCAGUCUAUGAAGCUAUGGUUCCCUUCUUUUCUCCAUGUUUGCUCUUCAUUUUGUCUACAGUGUGGAUCAUUCGGUCACCUUCAGAUGUUUUAGAGUUACAUCCUAGAAUAUUCUACUUCAUGGUUGGAACAGCCUUUGCCAACAUUACAUGUCAGCUGAUUGUUUGUCAAAUGAGCAGCACACGGUGUCCAACUUUGAAUUGGUUGCUGCUUCCUCUCUUCUUGGUUGUCAUAGCAGUAAACUUAGGAGUAGCCUCUUACCUUGAGAGUGUUCUCCUGUAUACAUUAACAGCUGUCUUCACUCUGGCUCACAUCCAUUAUGGAGUAAGAGUGGUGAAACAACUGAGUAGCCAUUUUCAGAUUUAUCCCUUCUCACUGAGGAAACCAAACUCAGAUUGACUAGGAAUGGAAGAAAAGAAUAUUGGUCUAUAAUCUUCAGAAAGAAAUUCUGUAAAUAUAUGCUUGUAAAUAUUUCAUCCAUCACCGUUGAACUAAACUGAUCUGCUUGACAGACAUGGGAUCUCUGUGUGGAUGGUACUUGGACAGCAGAAAUGAAACAUGAUCUGAACUUGUGAAAUUUUGGACUUUCUAAUUCCCAGCUUAUCUAAUUUUUUUUUUUAAUAAAACCACAUGACAUUUUGGUUACACAUGAUGUACAUUAGACUAGAAAAAUCAUCCUACCUUCAUGAGUCCAUAGUGUUUUGGCUCAUAUAGAGCCAAAGAUGCUUGUUUUUAUUUUUUAAAUCCUAAAUUAGCUCAGGUACACUAAUAACAUUAGGAUAACCACAAUGUUUUCAUACUUGACCUUUUUUCUUGGAGGUAGGGUUUCAUUGUAGCCCAGGCUGACCUGGAAUUCACUCUGUAGUUCCAGGCUAGCCUCAAACUCAUAGUGAUCCUCCUACCUCUGCUUCCUGAGUGCUGGGAUGAAAGGCAUGCACCACUAUGCUACAUAUUUGGUAUUUUAUAAUAGGAGUUUGGUGUGGAAAUUAUGAGCAGCCUAAAUCUAAUGUAGAUAAGAGAUAGAAAGAAGUCACUUUGAGCCAGAGAUGCCAAUGACAACAGAACAAUAUGCAGUUGCCAAAUCCUGGUUUCUCUUUCCUAUGGAAAUGCCUUUGUACUCUCCUGCUAAGAAAGACUAUUUAGUAUCCUGACUAUUAUGAAAUAAAUCUUGGUAAAUGGUUUAAGUGUUCUUUUAAAGAGAAAUAUUCUAUUGUCUAUUGCUACUUAGAGAAUGAGUUGUAAUCAUAACUCAUCCUUUGGCAUUUCCUCCCUUCAGUUGCAGGUUGCUGGGAUUUGGUGCCUAUGUACUUUGAUUUUAAGAAUAUAUGUGACAGUUCUAAUCUUGUAAUUAAUUGCUUGUGAGAAAAAUGGGCAAAGUACUUUGUGAGAGGAAACUUAAGUUGGAAUUAGAAAUACCAGAACUUUAUUAUGACGAAUUAAUUUUCUGAUCAACAUGUCCAUCUGCCCUUCCUUGCUUUUCUCUUACUUUUUUUUGGUGUGAGGUACUAUGAAUUUUAAUUUCAUUCAAGAUAAAGCAUAGAGAAUUUCUUGCCCACUUCCUCAUUUGAAGAAAACUUUUGAUAUAUAUGCCUCACUGAGUUUCUACCCCUUUAAUAUGACUUGGAAUUUUUUUUAGGUUUACUGAUAACAAAAAGUCUGUUUACUGCAUUAUGGUUGUUUUAUGAAUAGCAUCUUUUUAUGAAUGUGGAUAUUUUCUUUCUUUUUGACUUCAUUUAGCUUGGUGGUGGUGAAAUUUACUUGCUGAGUUUAUUUUCCACUAAAUUAAGUUUGUGCUUGAAUGAAGAGUGUAUCUUAAACCCUUAAUUGCUUUGGACAGGUUGCACUUGGAUAAAAGAGGCACCGCUGUAUUGAUAUGUAAUUAAAUCCAUAACCAUUAUUUAUGUAUAAAUGUGGCUAUUCUUAGAUAUUAUAGCUCAUCUCUUUGUUGACUGCUGCUUUGUUUAAAGAAAAAUGAAACUAAUGGUUAAAUUCUAAUCAUUGUUAUCCAGAUAACUGGAAAUGAGUCAGUGAGCUAGGUUAUGAUUCUGUAUUCAGUAUAAAAGACUGUAAAGAUGACUUUCUCUCAGAUAAAAGAUGAAAAUAGAUGAGAACAGGAAUAUGGGUAAUGAUUCUGUGUUUCUUAAUAAAUUGUCAUCAUGGAGAUCAGAGUGAUCCAAUUGAGGGUAAA